AUGCUCACCGGAAGGCACCCACGUCACCUCGGACCAACUCCAACAUCAUUUAUAUGUACUUCAACGUGCAAAACCAUCCGUAAGGGCUUGCCGUGUGGCCGUACAGCUUCGAUCUUCAGACCAGAGAAAUCUGCACUCGUGUCGUCAGAAAAUGUCUCAUGCGCUACUCUCCGCAACCACGCCGUUGACAUGUCCUCAGAAGGAGUCCAUUCGUCCGCCAUACCGAGUCUGAGAGCGUGUUGA